AUGGAUCCUUGUCCAUAUGAUGAGGUAAUCAAGGAGAUGGAUUUGUAUUUAUCUAAAGAUAUCAAUGACAUCUAUCUUCUUCAAUUUCCAUUGCGUCAAGAGGCAAAUCCAGAAGAAGGGAUUCAGGCCAGGUUCAAGUCCCAGUCUGAACUCCUUGAGCUGCUCGUUCCCAUCGAUACCGAUUCCGAGUUUUAUUCUUCGGCAAAAGAUCCAAAGCCUUCAUGCUCAUCUUCAUCUGUUAACAACGAGCUCUGGAAUGAUAAUGUGUCUGGAUUUCAGCACUUGACCUCGCUGAAAAUCCCUCCAAAGUCCAACUAUUUUGCGGGUCUGAUUAGCGAUGACAAGUUUUUCAUUGUGCCAUUGCAAUCGUUUAUCCAACUAAGACCGUCUUUGUGCAAUUCAGCACAACAAGACAUAAAGCCAAAGGACGAGGCGGUUGACUUUGGUUCUCAAAACGUCCAUGAAAAGUCGAAAGCGUUGCAGGUCCAAUUUAGAAAGAAAGAGAGCCAGGCAGAGACUCUCGCCAGGCUAAAGUCGUAUUCCCACCUGCAGAAGCUCGCUGACGAAGAGUCCUGGACAAAUUUCGAGUUUCUAAGUUGCACGUCUGCAGCGUAUCUGGCUUGGUUAUCAAGCCUUGCACGGCUUGAUAACUUGCUUACACACCGAAACUAUCAAGCAGGAAGACUUAAGGCCCCUUCAGGGGCUGAGUAA